AUGUCAGUAUCCGGUCAUGAUGGUGUCAGGAAGCGUAUCCAAGGCAGAGAUGUAAUUACCUUGCAUAUGUCUCAGGACAUUCAAAAGCUGUUUGGAGUUAUUAUUCCAGUUGAAUCAGGUAGUCUUCAGUAACAUUUUCUGUUAUCUAUUUUUGUCACGUGACAUAUCUGCUCGAAAAGAGAAGAAAUUCUUUAUUAGAUGAAAGGUACUUAAGUACACACCACGUUGAAAAAAAUAGAUCUAUGUGUAAGUGCUCAAGAUCAAAGAUCGAAUCACCUGACAACGCAAUAUACUUAUUCAUGCGUACGGUUCACAAUUAUUUGCGGUCAGUUUUCCUCAGUUUGUAUGAUUCUCAUUAACCAAUAUAAUUAAAUUUGCAGACUAAAACACCCCUUAUUUGAUUAAGAAUAAUAAAAGUAAACAGUGCAUGUCGAUUUUUAAUUCCUGAUGGAUGCUACUGGGCUUUACUUUAACCGAGAAAUUUGCAAUCGCUUACCUCAGCUCUCUGUGUCCCAUGCCGUAAGAAGCACAAGAAAAAAGUUGAUGAUAGUGAGUCUUGGCUGAGACGAGAAGAAUCAAAGAAGAAUCUACGGUCCCCAGAAAUGCUACUUUUAAACACGGGACAACUAAGGUAA